GAAAACCUAAGCUUAUCUAGUAUAGUGGAAGUAUUUCCUAAAUUGGGAGCAUAGCUUUGGUUAGUCCUCCCUGUUUUGUUUGGUAAUGCCUGCUGGCUGAUGCGUAACCGUCACGAGGAUGCCGGUCAUUUCCAAGGCAAAUCAUCUAAGUCUAUUUCGUUUGCUAACCCAUUAUCAAGUCUUUGAUAAGGCCUAAGGGCGGGGCAGCCUUGUUGGCAUGUCUGAAUACUUUUUCCAACAUUUGUUUAUGGCCUGGUUCUGCCGUCUAACAACUUACCAAAUUCUCAGAUUGGAUUUAAAAAUGCUACUCCUAUUGGCAAUAGUCUCACAAUCCCUCCUGUUUAAAACCCUUUUAAGCUGUCAUUGAUGGAGGUAAAAGGAAAGUUCUUUUAGCUGCAAUUUCUUAUUUUCAUAAUGGCUGCAUCGGCAUCAGCUGCAACUUCGCCACUGGUAUUAGCACCCUCUUUGAGGAAAACCACUCCCAGAAUCUUUCCCACCCAAAUUCAUUCGCCCUCUACUCGUAGCAAGCAAUUUCUGUCCAGGUCAAAGUUUCAAAACUGGCAGCAUUUUUCUCUUCCUUUGACUAUAACAAGGGCUUCCUCAAAUGGGUUUCUUGAUACAGCUCAUACAAGCAGAGAAGAGGAAAUUUUGCCUUCGUUCGAGGAGAAGCCAGUGAAAUUCCUCUUCUGGGUUGUGCUCUGGGCUUCCUUGUCUCUAGUUUGGUUUGCUGCUUCUGGUGAUGCUAAUGCUGCUGCUGCUGCUGAUUCCAUUAGAGCUUCCAGCUUUGGCCUCAAGAUUGCUAGUGCUUUGCGUGGCUCGGGCUGGCCCGAUGAGGCUGUGGUGUUUACGCUGGCCACACUUCCUAUUCUUGAGCUUCGUGGUGCUAUACCUGUUGGUUACUGGAUGCAACUCAAGCCUACACUCUUGACAAUCUUAUCUAUUCUUGGGAAUAUGGUUCCUGUGCCCUUCAUUAUACUUUACCUGAAGAGAUUUGCUACGUUUCUUGCUGGAAGGAACCAGUCCGCAUCUGGGUUGCUUAACAUGAUUUUUGAGAAGGCCAAAGAGAAGGCUGGUCCCGUGGAAGAAUUUCAAUGGCUCGGGCUGAUGCUUUUUGUGGCUGUUCCUUUCCCUGGAACAGGAGCAUGGACUGGAGCCAUCAUAGCUUCUAUUCUUGAUAUGCCCUUCUGGUCAGCUGUAUCAGCCAAUUUCUUUGGUGUUGUAUUGGCUGGGCUUCUGGUAAACUUGUUGGUGAACAUGGGUCUCAAGUAUGCCAUUGUUACUGGUAUCAUUCUUUUCUUUAUAUCCACUUUUAUGUGGAGUAUCCUUCGAAAUAUUAAGAAGUCUUUGAGCUCAUCAAAAUAAUGUUAAAUUACUCAUUGAAGUAGUUAUUUCCAUCUAAA